CGGCGAAGACUCCCCAAAACCACCCCCGCUACCCCAAUUGCAUUACAGAAGUCUACUUCGUCGUUUCUGCGUCGUUUCCUUCCCUUUGAAAGCUUUCGAUUCCCUUCGUUUCCCAUGCCAAAGCUUCGUACUUUCCCCUGCAACUCCUUCACUCUUCAUCUCCGCUUCCCGGGUUAAUUUCGUGCAAAUCCUCCCUAGAUGAUGACCAAGAAGAAAUAGCUGAAGCAGACACUGAGGUGGACCUAGAAUUUGAUGAGUCUGAUGGAGAGGAUUAUGAGUUUGACGUGGAUGAGUUCGAACAGGAAGCUAAAGUUGCAGUUAGGGAGUACUCGUCGUCCUUAUCCCAUGAAUUGAUAAUCGACGAUGAGGCUGUUACCAGAAAGGAAUCUAGGAAGCAGAGGAGGAGGAAGAAGCUCACAGUUAAAGAGAUUCCAGAUCAUCUUCUCUCCAAGGUAGCCAUUGUUGGGAGACCGAAUGUUUGGAAAUCAGCAUUGUUUAACCGCCUUGUUGGGGAGAACAAGGCUAUUGUGGUGGAUGAACCUGGAGUUACUCGGCAUCGUCUCUACGGAAGAUCCUUUUGGGGUGAUCAUGAGUUCAUGGUGGUGGAUACCGGAGGAGUAAUCACUGUGUCAAUAUCAAAAAAUGAGGUUAUGGAUGAACUUGCUAUCACGACGACCAUUGGCAUGGAAGGAAUUCCGCUUGCCUCUAGGGAAGCUGCGGUUGCCAGGAUGCCCUCAAUGACCGAGAAACAAACAACUGCUGCUGUGGAGGAAUCCUCUGCCAUUAUAUUCCUUGUUGAUGGACAGGAUGUGAGGGACAAUCCUGUCAUGGUAUACAUGAAAGGUGUGCCUGACUAUCCUCAAUGUGGAUUCAGUGCAUUGGCCAUAAGAGUACUGAGACUUUAUGAGGUUCCAUUAAGUGCUAGAAACAUAAUCGAGAAUCCUGAGCUCAAAGACGCUGUGAAAUCAUUCAGGUUCAGCUUUCCAUCAGGUUCGAUAAAUAGGGGUACGAAGCGUCUGCGGCAGUACUCAUUGAAGAGAAGUGUGAGAAUGGGGAGUGGCACAGUUAAAGUAGAUGCUAAAGGCAGCUUCUUCAGCCCAAAUAUUCCAAUGGCAAUAACAUGCAUAAGAAUCAAGGAGAAGAUUGUGGAACCA